UUACCUUCACUCCCGCACCCUUUAAACUUUCUUCCCCAAUCCGUCGGUUGAUUUCAUUCGUGUAGACUCUUCUUCUUCUUCGACAACUACCGGUGGAGAAUACACCUCCCCGCUCUAUUUAUCUCUGUACCUGUUCUGUCCAAUUAUCUAUCUCGUCGUUGUGCGGCUCGCUUUCCAACCAUCAACUUUUUCCCCCCACUCUCUCUCUUUUUCCUCCCUCUGUUUUGGUGGAGGAGGAAGGGAUGGGGGCGCUGGCGGAAGGGCAGCUCAAUCCGAACGUGUCCGAGAUCACUUCCGGCGGAGGAGGGAGAGGGUCGGCGGCGGGAACGAUGGAGAAUGCGGUGAAGAUCCUUUUGAUGGGCUUGGGGGAGGAUUCUGAGAGGGAGGGGCUAAAAAAGACGCCGAUGCGCGUAGCAAAGGCUUUCAGGGACGGCACGAGAGGUUACAAGCAGAAAGUGGACGACAUUGUGCAUGGAGCCCUAUUUCCUGAAGCCGGCUUGGACCAUGGAGCAGGGCAAGCUGGAGGUACAGGUGGUCUGGUGGUCGUCCGAGACAUCAAUCUAUUCUCUUAUUGUGAGUCCUGUCUGCUUCCUUUCAGCAUUAAAUGCCAUGUAGGUUACGUUCCUUCAGGACAAAGAGUUGUAGGACUCAGCAAGCUUUCCAGAGUAGCUGAUGUCUACGCUAAAAGGCUUCAAGAACCGCAAAGACUGGCCGAUGAAAUCUGCCAGGCUCUGCAGAAUAGCAUCCAGCCAGCCGGGGUUUCCGUGGCCCUUCAAUGUUGGCACAUCCAGUUCCCUGAGGCUUUGAAAUGCAAUUUGGAUCCAAUGCAUCCUUCUAGAUCCAGCACUCAAGGUUGGAUGCAUACUUCAGUCUGUUCAAACACUGGAGUUUUUGACCAAAAGAAGAGUUCUUUCAGGGAUGAGUUUCAAACUCUACUAAAAUUCAGUAGUGUGAGCUUUGGUCUGGACAAUGUAAGUUCUUUGAUCCAUUCAUGGUGCCCAUCGAGAUCCAUUCAUGUGCCCGAAUCCAAAGGUCACAUAUCGAACGGUAGGAUUUGUUACAGGCCAGUAGUUUCUCAUGCUGCCAUGGUAGCAGCAGUGGCUUCAAUGAUUGUAUCACUUGGUGAAGACCCUUCAAGAAAAGAGCUUGUCGGGACUCCAUAUCGUUAUGUGCAUUGGCUUAUGAACUUCAGCAGAUCCAAUACAGAUACGAGGCCGCAAAAUGGCUCUGUUGUGGAUGCCAUGGAUUCUCAUGGAAGUUCAAAUGGUUAUAUUUACGGGGAAAGUGAGAUGCGCUCGGAGCUGAAUUUACCCUUCUGCGCCCAAUGCGAGCACCAUCUCCUCCCAUUCCAUGGUGUGGUGCACAUUGGCUACUUCCAGGAUGGAGAAAGGAGAGCCAUUGAUAGAUCUUCUUUGCAAGCAAUGGUCCAUUUGUAUGGCUGUAAGCUUCAGGUGCAGGAAAGGCUUACGAGGCAGAUAGCAGAAGCUGUGUAUUCGGUGCUUGGAAGGGGAGUAAUGGUGGUUGUGGAAGCAAAUCAUGUGUGCAUGAUAUCAAGAGGUAUAGAGAAGGUGGGAAGCAGCACAGCGACAGUUGCUGUGAUGGGUCAAUUCUCCACAGAUAUUACAGCCAAGGCUUUGUUCCUGGAAACCAUAUCAAAGGUUACUGCUGCUGCUGCUGCUGCUGCUGCUGUGAUUUUCUCUGUUUCUUGAAUCUUCAAAAUUUUGGUAACUUAAAGUACUAUUUGGUUUGUAAGGGGUACAAUUGUGGCAAGAGAAAUGCAUACAAGUUUUAUAUGAGAAUUUACAGCACUCUGUAUUUGAUUUGCUUUACUCCACUGAGAACUCAUAGCUGAUUUAAAGAGAUAUGAGCGGCUAAGAAUUGAUUGUAUUAAGUUGAAUUUCAUACUGUUUUAAGUGAAAUUUUUUUUUU